UGAUCGGGGCUAAUGUGUCGUCCAUCGCUGUCUCCAAAAACGGUUUAACGAGUGUUUAAAGGCAAAAAUUAGUAGAGAUGUCGAACUUUCGGGGACGUUUGCUUGUCUACGCGUCGGGAAUUAUUCUUCUCAACUGCUUUGCUUCAGUAGUUGGACAGGCAAGUCCAGAAAUAGACGCGGUUAGAAAUUCAUUGAAACGUGGACAUAAUGACUUAGGAAGAUUUGAGGAAAUUUUAGCCAACAGAGGGAUAAACUACGACCGAGCACUUUCCUUGAUGAACAACGAUCAAGCAUUGAUUGAGUAUCUUAAAUCGAAGCUGCCAGAAAUAGAGGAUCUGAUAAAACGAACCACGCUUCGUCCGAAGAGCAUCGUCUCAGACGAUCAUGUGUACGUAUUCGAAGGGGAAGAUGAUGAAGAAUGGCAGAUUUCAGAGACGUGCGUUGUCGACGUCAUGCAGUACUACAGGGAUCUCAUCAACGGUGUUUAUUACGCUGACAAAAUGAGAGCCUCUUCAGGUAGAAUUCCCCGCGAUGCUCCGUAUUCGGGAAAUCUCAGGGAUCUGGGGAACAUCUGGGUCUGCACUUCAACUUCGAAAAAUGAAACAUCAAAUAUUCCAGCAUUUAACGGAAAGUACUGCCCCUUCCAAGUCAUAAACACGAAUGUGAUUCUUGGAAGUUGCUGGCCAGAUAGCUGCUCAGAGAUGGAUGUCAAUUCUCUUUCAUCGUUCUUUUGGAGUGAGGUUGUGAAUGUCGAACCGUUCUUGUAUUUCGACUGCCAAGAGAGGAGGCCGUGGACCACAGCUGAUAUCGGCUUCACCGUUGCUAUGGGUAUUCUCGCUCUGAUGGUUGGCCUUGGGUCCUUCUACGAGGUCUUCCUCCAGAAACUGGUCCUGAAUAAAAUGAAAAGCAGCAAGGACCAGGAGAUCAAAGAACGCGACAUCCAAGACGAGAACGCGCAAGAAGACUCACCACAAGGCGAUCACGUGUCCGACAUCGCCACCUCAUCGGCUGACGGGGACGAUGUCGGGGACGAGAAGGAGGUCGCAGAGGUUGCUUCAGAGAUCAGGGAGAUGGACGGGAAAGGAGGAGCCCAGAUCAAUGGCGGGUAUCAGAUGGACGUCGAAAAGCCCCCUCCUUAUACAGAAGGAGUGAAGAAAACGUCUUUUGAAACAGAGGAUGCGGAGAGAGGACGGACAAGAAAAACACCGAGGGGCAACCUGAAAUGGGCUCUUCUGCAUGCUAUCAUGAUGUCAUUCUCUCUUGUGAGUAACUGCAAGAAGCUCCUAAGUGCCAAGAAGACGAAAAACACCAUGGCCGUUCUAAACGGUCUAAGAGUACUAAGCAUAUUUUGGGUUAUGCUUGGCCAUUCGGUGCAAUUCUGGGCCCAGGAUCGUAUCGGUAACCCCCUGCAGGCAAUUGACGUCAUACUGGCCCACAUGUCGUUCGGUGCCAUUUAUUCUGGUAGUGUUUCGGUGGACACAUUCUUUGUUCUCAGCGGAUUUCUGGUCGGUUAUAUGACGCUGAAGGCGAUAGAUAAGAAGGCCCUAUCGAGCGCUGGAAGCUGGGUCAUGUUUUACUUUCACCGCUGGUGGCGCCUCACCCCUGUCUACAUGGCUGCCGUUGGCAUCUGGGCUUUGUGGUGGCCCCACUUUGGUGAUGGUCGAAGUGUGUUUGCUGACUCCUUGUAUGAUUUCAUCCAAGGCUGGUGUCGGAAACAAUGGUGGACACAUCCCCUCUACAUCAACACACUCUAUCCAUGGCCCAACGUUCUGGAAUACUCGUGUAUGGGAUGGUCCUGGUAUCUUGCUUGUGACAUGCAGUUUUUCAUCAUCAGUCCUAUCAUUCUCAUCGUCCUCUACAAGAAUGGCAAAGCAGGCGCGGCACUCAUUACGUCUAUAUUUCUGGUGUCUCUAGGAUCACUAUUUGGACUCACGUGGCAUUAUGGAUACGUCACCAACGACCAGCCUUCUUAUAAUGAUAAUAGGCCUGAUCCUCCGAACGCCGAUACCACUUACACCAAACCUUACACGAGGAUUCCAACUUAUCUGAUCGGCUUGGUGUUGGGGUACUUUAUGUUUAAACUUAAAGGAAAGAAAGUCAAAAUGCCAGUGUAUAUUGCAGUAACCGGGUGGGUUCUGGCCCUCGCGACACUGUUCGCGGUCGUCUACGGUGUCUGGUCCGGUGCUUACCGCUACGUACCGCAAAUCGAAGCGGCUAUAUACUUGACGUUCUUCCGUCUCGGUUGGGGCGUGGGCAUUUGCUGGAUCAUAUUCGCUUGUCUGCAGGGAUAUGGAGGUCCUGUCGGUGUGUUCUUGGAGUGGAGCUUUUGGAUUCCUCUUGCUCGUCUUAGUUACUGUAUCUACCUGGUUCAUCCCAUUGUGAUGUACAGUGUUCUCCUCACACAACAAACCCUCUUCCAUUUCACAUACGUCUCAAUUGCAUACCUGUAUGUAGGGAACGUGGUAUUCUCCUGCGCAGCCGCUCUCGUCCUCUCUCUCCUGGUAGAGGGACCUAUCAUGGGACUCGAGAAGGUCAUGUUCGGAAAGUUCAAGAGGUCAUAGGUCAACCAAUGACGUAUACAAAGCAAGAACAAUAUUGACCAAUUCAAAUUUAUCAUAAUAUUCUGCAUACUUCUGAAAUUCUAAUUGUAACUACUUCUAAUAGGAAAUACUGUAGGUUAAUGAUACUAGAUAAUUCCUUGAACUACAUCAACUGAAUAUGAAAGCGGUGUGUAAAGUUUUAAUGGUAAAGUAAUGACAUAUCAUGCUAAUAAAAAAAAGCAUAUUCAUAUUAGUUUGUUUAAACUUUUUAUACGAAAAGGUGGCAAGUAAUCAUCCCUUUUUGGAAUCUGAAAAAAAUCUCAUGUAUGAUACAUUUCAUGAGAAAGACACAGAGAGAGUGUGUGAGAGAGAGAGAGAGAAAGAGAGAGAGAGAGAGAGAGAGAGAGAGAGAGAAGUUCCAAAGCUCACUAUUUUGUAAAGAUGAAAUACUCGGAAGGAAAAAACAUCUUGGGACAUUUUCUUGAUCAUAAUGUUUCCAAAAUGUGAAAACGCAGGGAGAACAAUAGUCAAUAAUCUGUAAAGCCCUUGAAGAGUCAAAGAUUUGGGGCUCAAAUAAUUAGACCGACAUUGACAGAACAGUUCACUAGAGCGACAGCCCACGAGACCAACAAAACAAAGAAAGAAAGAAAUGAGGGAAGAUAGAAAUCGUGUCGGUCUUUCGGGCUGGCGGUCUUGUGGGCUAUCCACAUCACGGAACGUCGCUCCAGUGAUGAAUCCUGUAAACAGUGGCUAAAAUGCCUACAAGACCGGUUGUCGAUCUCAUAGGCUGUAUUAGGAAUUAUAGAUGAAUCAAUGUUUCAGUUGGAAACCUCAUUAUUAUUACUAAUAUGAUGUACAUAAUUAUUUACAUAAUAAUACAGAUGUUGUUGAUGAUGAGGAUUCGA